AUGCUCGGCCUUGCCUCGAACCCAAAUCGCAAGUCGUUCUCCCUCAGCCUCAAUCUCUCCCUCUCCAAGCCCUCUCUCUCCGCCGCGCGCCCCUCCAUCGACCCCGCCCCGUUCCCGAGGCCGCUGCCCUCCCCAAAGCGCGACACCUUCAGGAGCCCGCUGCUCUCCCCUCUCAUGCACAGGCAGGACCAGCCGCUCCUCACCGUCCCCGUCUCCGAUGGCCUCGACCCGAGCGAGCGCACGAAGCUCCUCCGCAAAUCCCGGAAGCUCAGCCGCAUCCUCGGCGAGGUCCCGGUCGCCGUCGCCGUCCAAGACGCCACCGACCUCCACGCGCAAUUCGCGAGCCCGCCCUCCUCGCCCUCGUCCUCCGCGUUCCGCCUCCCGAUCGGCCACAAGGGCUCGCUCAGCCGGAGCGCGACCGUGGCGCACAACAGGCUCGCCCAGCAGAAGCAGAUCGCCCGCGCUCGCUCGCUCGCGUCCCUCCGCCCGUCCCUCAACCUGGCCUUCUCGCGGGACGAGCGCGCCCUCCCCCCGCUGCCGCCCUCGCCAAUCACGCCCUCGGCUGAGGGUGGUGGGGAGCCGGUCAGGGCCGCCGCGCCGUCCGCGUCUCCUUCACGCCCGCGCGCUCCCGGCGCGACUCCGUGCUCUCCCACUCCUCACGCCGUCCAGCGCGCCCGCGCCGCGAAGCUCACCCGCCAGCUCGGGGAGAACGUCCCGCCGCACGUGCUCUUCCGCGCGUCGUCCCCCACCCUCCGCCACACCCGGAUGGCGCGACCACACACCGCGGGGGCCCCCGAGACGCUGCGCAGACGACCCGGGCUGCUCGUCGACUCGGACGUCGAGAUGGACGACGUCGACAUCGUCGACUUCGAUGACGACGCGCUGCUCUCGCCCGCCGAGCGCCAGCGCGCGCUCAACGUCCGGCGCGCGAGGAAGAUGGCUCAGAUGUUCGGCAACGAUGUCCCGCCAGCGUUGUUCCAGAUCACGAACUUCUCGACGGCCGCAUCUGCACCAGACCGAAGGCGCCUUCGGACCGCAGUGCACACGGAGACGGCACUCGCACACGACGAUUGGCACCCCCGGAACAUCUCACCGCUCAUCUUCGCGAACCCAGAUCGCGAGCUUUCGUCUGGUGAAGGCACUCCCGACGCCAUGUCGGACGCAGAGGACGCUGCGACGGACGUGGGGCUUCCUUACCUCAACUCCCCGACGCCUCGACGCUGGACAUGUUCCUGCCUCCCCCGCUCGCAGUCGCUCUCCGUCGGCUCCUCGCUCUCCUCGCACAGUCGCACACGCUCUCUCCCUCCCACUCGCUCACUCCGCUCUCCCCCGUCCGCCCCCGCACGUCGCAAUCCUCGCUCUCUCCGUCGCACGACCUUCGCCACGAACCUGCCCCUCCCCUCGCGCGGCUCGAUCUCCGCGCCGACGUCCCCACCCGCGCCGUCCUCGCCCGGGUAUGCCGCGUCGACGUCCGAGGCGAGCAGCCCCGUCGACUUCCGGACGCGCCGCCUGCGCGCCGCGAAGCUGUCCCGCUUCUUCGGCGUCGGCCUGAGCGACAUCACGGGCGCGCUCGUCCCGCCCGGCUCCUCUGCGUCCGCGCCCGGCUCCCCCGGACCGGACAGCGCGAGCACGGGGGGCGCGCCGCCGACGCCGAACCGCGACAAGGACGUGCCGCCGAGCCCCACGCGGCCGCGGCGGCCGUUCUCGCCGUCGGGCGCGAGCACGCGCACGUUCGAGUCCGGCGAGAGCGGCUCGGCGCCCGCGUCGGCGUCGUCGCACUCGCACGCGCAGGCGCAGCGGCGUCCGCGGAAGCGCACGCUCAGCGCGGGGAGCAGGAGCCAGCAGGGCGCGCGGCGCGCGCAGGCGACGUCGCCGCGGCCCCCGCCGCUGGUCACGUCGGAGCUGCCGCGCUCGCCCACGUCGCCGUCGCUGCCGCCGCUCUCGCCACCGCUGCCGCUCUCGUCGCCGUCGACCGCGGUCGUGCCGCGGUCGCCCGCGCCCGCGCCGACGCCGUCUCCCGGGCCGUUCCAGUCCCUGCACUCGUUCGAGCCCGUGUCGCCCGAGGGGGAGGCGCGGCCCGCGUCGCCGAUGCAGGUGCACGGGCGGUCGUGGUCGACGACGGUGGAGGUCGCGGCGGAGAGCCGGAGCUACUUCUUCCGCGGGGAGCGCAAGAGCCGGCGGGAGAAGGGCCGGAGCGAGCUCGAGAUGCACGCGGCGAUCAAGCAGCUGCGCAAGAUCAAGUGA